AUGCUGCUCAAAGCGAGUUAUGUCAGUCGGUUCACUGCUGAGUCAGUGAUACCCGAAUUCCCUCAAUUAAAACUGGAACCAACUGACCUCACCCAAAGCCUAUUGGAUCCGAAUAUUCAUACACCCGACAGUGUGAUACAAACUAACGGCGUCCCUCCCACUUUCUACGAUACGAACGAUCCAGUUUCUUCGACAUCACCCUCAUCCAGCUCACUGAACACACAAUCACCGGGCGUAGCGUACGGUAUUUCCAUGCGCCAGUCUGCAUUCAAUAGCCGUGGAAACAACGCUCCAUCUCAAAUGGGUACAACACAUGACAACUAUCCCAACCUAGCCACAAACGGUGUAACCAGUACUUGUUUCAAUCUCACCUUUCAACCAAUCUAUCCCUCUGGUCAAGUACUCUACGGAGAUCAUUUAGCCAUGUCAAAUUUGGAUCCGACUUCGCAAUCUGUCACUGAGAUGAAUUCGGUCCCAAAGCCAUUUUCGGGCUCGGGAUUUGGUUCUUCUGCGUUCGAACAGCAUCGACCAUUGCCAACCAACCGUACCGGUACUCGUGGUUCCAGCGACGCUCUGAGCAACCUCGGAUCACGGUUAGCGACACGCGGGGCUCAAGGCUCAAACGGCCGCACUCACAGCAGCAUCCAUAGAGACUUCGGACUGGGAUCCGUCAGUCGAGCUAAUCGCGUGGCUUCAUUGUGCUCGCGAGCUUCCUACAUGUGUCGCAAGUGUAAAACACAUGGUCAGAACAUCCCCGUCAAACGACACAAACGUGCAUGUCCUUACAUGCACUGUACGUGUAUGAAAUGUCAACUUGUGGAUCAAGGACGAAAAGUUGUCGCUCGUCAAAUCGCUCUCUAUCGAGAUCAGAAAGGCGGUCCCGGUCGGGAAAAUGGUCAGAUCAGCUCGGGUUUGCGAAACGAACGUCGCAGUUUUUCCCACAGUAGCUGGAAUCACAUCGGGCACACACAGACGAAUGCGGAGUUCAAACGAAUCAGAGCAAAUACACCUAAGGUCUCGGGAACCGGAACAGGUCCCGAAAUUCUAUCCACAUUAGAUUUCGACUCUUCAUCCUUGGUCUGUUCUGCGGGAACGAGCUCAGGAAAAACAGCAGUGGACACAAAUGAUAGCAGCGAUGGCGGCGCUGGUGAAACUACCGGGGUUAAUAUAGCCGGUCCGCAUUGUCGACGGUCCUCCUCUAUGGCCCAUACACCGAGUGUGGAAAUCAACGAAUCCCGAUCUACGAGAUCUAAUUCAAGCAAGCAAAUGAACAGUCGACCAGGUGGCGAAAGUCCGGAAUCGCUCAAUGGUAGUAGUACUGUUGCAACAGGACUGGAGAAUUUCUUGUCUACAACACGGACCGCGGAUGUCGGAUCAGUGCUGAGUUCGCUCGAUCCGGUCAAACCGUUAUUUAUGUCAACGGGAACUACCCUUUCUUUAUCCGAUCCCUAUCCGAAUUACUUUCCUUGGUCGAAUUCCGAGUGGUCGUUGCGUACACCUAACAUCGGACCGCUAUCGACAGAUAAUCAUGGCAGAAAACAUGUAAACGACAGCACAGGAUCACCCACAUCCUCAGACUGGGUCACACAAACAAGCUCGAAUACAGCCCCGUUGAACUACCUGGGUAGCUUCGAUUCGCAAUCAGAAUCGCCGCCCGUUCAAAGUACCGAUGAUACAAACCGGAAUAAUCCGUAUGGUGUGGCCCAGGAAAGUCAGUUGAACAGCUUGUUAGUCCAGUCGGAAUUAGGCAUGCAUCCAUUCGCUCCCGUGGACAAAUUUCGUUCGAAUACAGUGCAUACGGUAUCCGGUUCCUCUCCGCCAGAAACGGCAGGUCCGAUGAACGGUUGGCUUGCCGGUCGUGCAGCUGGCACGACCACGGAACGUCGUGUGUGGCGCUCUCACUGGUACGAGGAAACCGUUGAACAGGGAUCUUAUACCUACGAACGUUCGUACACACAUCCACAUCAUUUUCAUUCGGCAGUGAGUGAUGUGUCUCACUUGGGCAAUUGUUUCAGCCCCGAUUCCGAACCGGGCGCAUCGUUCUACUGCCCUGAACGUGUGUCUGCUGUGGCCGCAGCGGCGGCUGCUGCAGCUGCUAUGGUAGCCAUGACACCCCCACUUGGUAGCCCUGCGGCUCGAAGACGAUGUGCAGCUCACUUACAUCACUACCAUCAUCGUUGUCAUGCUCAUUCUUCAGGUUCUACGGCGGCAAAUGCAAUGUAUGAUGUUACCGGUUCGAAUAAUGCCAUGGGUACCGAGUUUUUAUAUCCAGGAGAUCUAAGAACUAGCAAUUACAAUCCUCAAGAACAAUCCCGAGUAGAAUAUCCCCAGAUAAACAAACCAGACACAUUAAACAACGAUUACAAAUCACCAAUAAAUUCACUGAGCGACAUUCCUAAUGUACAGGAUCGAGCUCAAAAGUCCCUCCUAAUGCAUGCUCAACAUUGGUCCCAGGGCGAGUUGAUCAGCUGUACAGAUUUGCCAGUAUCCAGUCCCGCACCCAAUCAUGCGUUCUUGACACGCGAGCUGAUUAAACUUCCCCAAACUCAUGUCGAAACUCCCGUAUCCCCUCUGUUGACCGGGAAUACAAGUCAAACCAACCGAGCAUCAAGGUCGGUACCCAUUCCACCCGCCGACCAAGAAUCCGAGACAUUGAUAUAUGCAGAUGUUUCUUCUGUUGAGAGAAGUGCAAAUUCUAGGGGAUUUUUUGCACAACCACAAGACCAUCUUCAACAACAACAGCAGCAGCAACAACAACAGCAAUUACAACUACAACAGAAUGAGCAUAGUCGCCUAACUGAUACGAACCGGCCCCCCAGUGGUCUAGAUCCUGAUUUAGCCUAUUGGCGUAUGUGGAAAUCCUGGACCGGGACCGACAAUAUCGGUAGUGUUGCACUGGCUUGCGAUCAACUAGGUAAACCAGUGCUAACUGAGAACAAUAGUCAGAAGAAUCCCACUGACGAGAACAAUCUAUCGUUGACGCGGGAUGCGGAGCGAAAUAUCAUGCUGGAUACUCAUUCCCAAAUGCCACGUCCCCUAUCACGACAUCAUGGACAUAUCACACCCAAACCAGCCUGUGAUUCAACGCGUGCACACACACGCUCACCGAAUCGACCCUAUUCUCGGUCUGGUUGA